AGCACAACACCGCUACUUCAGCUCCGACCAGAGAAGGAGAAGCGAAAGGGAGCGCUGAAGGCCUACAGACGGAGAGAAACGUUGAACCAUCUAGUGUGUCAUCUGAGGGGGGUCAUCAGAGAGCAGAUAGCUCCACCUGUGAAGAUUACCAGAUGAUCCAGGCAGGAGAUGAAUCAUCAGCAAGUAGCACUGGACUUCACCUGGAGACCCGGAAUAAAGCUGCACACAUCAGACUCCAGCAGCAGCAUCUGUUCAAAGAGGAGGAGGUUCUUGUGGAUCAGCAGCUCUGUCAAUUGGAGAAGAACUCUAAUCUGGACCAGAAGGAACCAGAACCUCCACACAUAAAAGAGGAACCAGAAGAUCUCUGCAUCAGUCAGGAUGAGGAGCAGCCUGAUAACGACUUCUUUCUGCACAUCAUCUGCAAAGAGGAGGAUUUCUUCUCAGACCAGCAGCUCUGUAAACAGGAGGGGAACUCAAGUUUGGACCAGGAGGAAGCAGAACCUCCACAUAUUAAAGUGGAAGAGGUGGAUUUGUGCAUCAGUCAAGAUGAAGAGCAACUUAAACUAAGGCAGGACACCAACUUCUUCAUGAUGUCUCUUAUUAAUGAAGAAAGUGACCACAGUGAAGCAGAACCCAACCAGAACCAUCUCCUGUCUGAGAACAGAAGUCUCAGCAGUGAAGCAGACAUCUUGCCCAUCUCAGAGAGUUGGAGCCACCAUAAUUGGGGUCACAAGUCUUUACAGUGUGAAUUCUGUGGAAACGUUUAUAAGUCUCGGUCCAAACUGAAAGCCCACUACAGGGUCCACACUGGAGAGAGGCCGUAUGUCUGCAGCACAUGUGGAAAAAGUUUUUCCAGCUCCUCUUCUCUACACAAUCAUGUCAACACUCACUCAGAUGAGCGACCGCACUCUUGUGAACAAUGUGGGAAAAGUUUCAGGGUCCAUGAAAAACUGCUGAUCCACUUCAGAACCCACACCGGAGAGAAGCCGUACUCCUGCAAAAUGUGUGGCAAAGGUUUUUCUCAGAAUGGGAACCUGACCGUCCACAUGAGGACGCACACGGGCGAGAAGCGGUACCCCUGUGACAUGUGCGAGAAGCGCUUCAGUAACAGCGGCGAUCUAUCGCGCCAUGUAUCGAUCCACACCGGGGUGCGGCCGUUCUCCUGCCGGACCUGCGGGAAACGCUUCACCCAGAACGGUAGCCUGACGUCUCACAUGAGGACGCACACGGGCGAGCGACCGUUCCUGUGUGAGACAUGUGGGAAGGGCUUCAGGCAAAACCGAGACCUGUUGGUCCACAUGACGUCUCGCCACAGAUGAGAAGGUAGAGUUCUGAUGAAUCUACAGAGAACCAUCGUUCCUCACCCAGAGACUCGGUUAAAACUUGUCAGAAGAACCUUGAGGCUUUGCUUUGAAGAGAUCUUUGAUUAUCACUGGUCUGGAGAUGACUCCACUCGUCAGUUUGGAUCACCAGUGUUACCCAGAAACCAUGAGUUACUGCUAAAGUGAGGGUCAGAGGUCAGCUUUAAUGAACUAUCAGGAUUUGUCGUGAAUAAAAAGGUUUCUAUUGCAGAAACAUUUACAGCAUCUCUCCUGCUGUUAUAACUGGUUUCUGAUCAGGCCCAGUAGCUUUGGAGAAGCUGGUUUGUGUUGUCAAGCUUAGCUACAGUCUGGAAGAUUUCUUCUGUUUUUGCUUUACUGUCACACAGAUUUAAGUCCCAGCUUUGACUAGGCCACUACAAAAACUUCAUUUUAUGAGCAAUUCAGAGGGAGCUAGCUGGUGUACUUUGGAUCAGUGUCUUUCUGCAGAACUCAUGAGUCCACAGAAGAUUUUCUGAAAAGGCCUGAUGAUCAUCAAGAUGUUUCUGGUAAAUAUGAGGCAGUUCCAUUUGUUCUUUUGGGUCAGCAGUGGUUCUAGCCUUGCAACUCUCCCAUGGAGGUGAUUUUUACCCAGUCUCUUUUUCUUAUUGUUGAAUCAUGACCUCUGACCUUAAAUGAUGCAGUGACGCCUGCAAAGCUUUAGAUAGGCCCACUGACCACUCCUGGGAAGGUUCUUCACUGUUCCAUUUUUCUCCAUUUGUGGAAGAUGGUUCUUCCUGAGGUUCUCUGGAUCCCAAAACCUUAGAAAUGGAUCAGUAAGUCUUUCCAUCCAGACUGAUAGAUGUCAGGGUCUUUGUUUUAGUCUACUUCAUGUUGUCAGACCGGUUCUGUUUGAAUUUGUGGUACAGGUCAGACAGUAAUAAUGAGUGGCUACUAAUAUUCACCACUUUAAUCCCAGUUAAUUUAUGUUUUAAUUGGGGUUGGAGCUUUUUCCUUUUAACGAAUAAAAUCUUCAUUUGCAUUUUGUUUAUGAUAUUAUUUAAUGAAACAAUAAAGUUUGACAGAAAAGCAA